UUUCUCCAGAUUAUAAUGUUAGCACCAUCAACAGAGUAUUACGAGAAGCAAAAAAGAAUUUAUGAGAGGCUAGCUGAGCUAGAGCGACAACGUCUGGACGUCGAGCAAACGAUUUCGAAAGCUAGAAUAGAGGCUCAGUCGUCACUUACGGAAGACGAAUCAGGAAUCGAACGUCUGAAGAAGAAUGUGAGAGAAUCUAAGACUAAAAUAGAAGAGAAUCGGGAGAUCAUGAGGCAAGUGGACCGUCUGCUACUCAGACUUGAUUCAGUUGCGGACGAAUGCGAUUACUUGCAGUCACUGAAAAAUAAUAUGAUUGAUUAUGCCAAGGAGGCUUACGAAAGGUGGAGAAGCGAAGACCCUGAAAGGGCUGCGAGAUAUUGGGCGGAGCAGGGAAAACGGGAUCCAAGUAGCAACGUCCAUGUAUCUCCUAGACCUCAGUCCGCAGGAAAGGUUCAAAAGACGAUGGCAAAAGAACCAAGUGUUACAGACGAUCUUGUUCAGCAGAAUAUGGCACUAAAGCUAAACCAAUCAAACGGCUCUGAUAUGUUCGAAAUCAGUCAAACGUCUCAGAAGUCGCCAAAAAGUAGUCCCAAGAAAGGAAAGUCGCCAAGGUUCAACGAGCUUGUCCAAGUCACGGAGUUCUACAAAGACGAUGACUUUGACUCUGGAAGCCAUAGUGAUCUAAAUAAAGAUAUCAGAAAUGAUACUCCCGAUGAUUUCGAAUCAGCUCGGACCAAAAGCGUGGAAGACGAUGAGUUUAGAACGUCACGUGAUAGAUUUCAAAGAAAACCUGAUAAUUAUCAACCGAGUAGAGGCUUUGAAGAACCUCGCAAAGAGCCUAGUCCCGUUGAGUUUUUCAGUCCGAAAAAUAUACUAUCGAAAAAAGAAUCACUGUUCGAUUUUUAUGACGGUUCCAAAGAUACAGAUACUAUCUUAGAAAGAAAUGAAAGUGACCGAAGUUUUGCUGAAAGACGCUCAUCCGAUGAGAAAAAUGAGUUUUUUGACGAGAAAGAAAAGUCAGAACGGAAAAAUGAAAUUGAAAGCCCCAAAAAGGAAGCUGCUCUAACAUUCAAAGGUCUGCAAAGCUUGCUCCAUAGAAUCGAAGAUUUCGCAACGGAUCAAUUAUCUCCAAGAGAUGAAUUAUAUAGUCAGGUUUCUCAUAAUUUUGAUGAAAAAGAUAUAAUUCUCAAAGCGAAUGAAAAUAAUAUAGAACGCGAAUCGGUACAAAACUGCUGCCAAGUUGUGCUCAAAAGUUUGCCUGUGUUUACGCAAAAUCAUUCGAUAUUCAAACCGGGAAGUGAUGUUAAACAUGUGAACACAUUCAAUGAACUUGACUCUGUAGUUAAUGCAGAAAACAAACAAGUUUAUUGCCUUAUUCGAGAUCAUUUGAAGUAUUUGGUCAUCAAGAACUCCUCAAAUUUAGAUUCAAUUGCAAAAUCAUUUGCAGAAGCAAUGGAAGAAAAGCUGACGUAUGUGUUCCAAUUAGCCUUAAAGGCAUGUCUCCAAUCAGCAAAAGCGGACGAUUUGUCAGAAGCAACGUCCAUAUCUUCGUUUUCAACUCCAAGGAGCUUCCACAGUAAUUCGGCUAUGAAAAGCUCGACACCCAGAAAGCCGAUUUUUAAGUCUUCGAGCUCGAUUAACAGCGAGAAUUUUGAAGCAGAAUUAGCUGCGGGUGCUCAGAACCAUUUGAAUGACAAAGGUUCUAAGAAUGUAAGUCGAAAUGCCUCGAAAGAUGACGAUGACGAGGAUAGUUUUCCGUUCACAAGUCAGUCUAUGGACGACCAUUUUGACAUCUCAAUUCACUCGGGAACUGCCGAGAAGACUUCGGAUGCGUACCAGUCGCUGUUGAAAAGUGCCUUCGGAGGAGGCGAUCCCAACAAGCAGUCGGCCAGUCGGAAAACGAUAAGUGACGAGGAAGACGAAGUGGAAGGCAUGUUGAAGAUCAAACCUGCCGCGCAACCUACUACUGCGUCAAAAGCUGAUGUUGCCAUAACAGCUGACAACAAAAAAUUGUAUAAGAGCAAAUCUGGUUCACCGAAAAGAAAAGUCGCGGGGAAAUCAAACCUAGACAAGAGUGAAAACUCACUUUUCUCAUCUGGAGGCGAAGAAGAAAGUUCCAUCACUAUGUCUUCAGGUAGUAGACACAAAAACAAACUGACUGAAAUUUCGUCGGCUGUUCGCACAUCGCUUAAUCGAACGGCGUCUCCGAAAAGUAAAACAGCAACCCCAAACCAGAGUCAGAGUAAAGUGACGAUUCCUGUCGCUUUGAAAGAUUUCGGAGAUCUAGACAUUGAAGAUGACGACGACGAGGAUUACGAGGAUGAUUUCAACAAUGAUAUGGGGAAUAAUAGUGUGACGGACUUGCUAGGAAUAACUCCAAGAGAUAAACAUGUAGCUGGAACUCAAGACUCAGAUGACUCGGACUUUUUCACUUGAAAUAUCUAGAUUAAUAAAUUGUAUAAUUGUGAAUAGUUGUAGGUUAUGUAAGUAAAUUA